AUGAAUAUCGCAUACAACUCCGCCUUGCGGCAAAGCAAGUCCCUCCGCGCAGAGCUCUCCAACCUCAACACCAAACCCCAAACAUCCCCCUCCGAUAUUGGCAAUGUGUCCGUCUCAAUCGCAACCUUCACAAAGACCCUCGACGAAUACCAAAGUCUAGCCCGCCAGGAGAUCGUCCCCAAGAAGCAAGAAGAGGCUUUUGAGCGAGUGAAAAGGUUCCGCGAGGAUCUUUCCGACUUUAGAACACAGGUCGAUUCGCUUAAGAAGGCUCGCGAGGAUGCUCAGCACCAGGAUAACCGCACGGAACUCCUCGGACGAAGACCGUAUAACGCUACCCCCGAGAACCCCUAUGCGAACCCUACGACGACCAACACGCACUCUGUCUUUCAGCCUCGACACCCAACACAAUCCGGUGGACAGUUGACGACAGGUUCUCCUGACGAGAUGCGCGAGGCUCAUGCGUUCAGGGAGCAAAACUUUUUCUCAAACACCAACCAAGCCCUGGAUGACUACAUCGCGCGCGGGCAGGCUGUCCUGAGCGAUCUAGGCCAGCAGCGCGAGAUGCUCAAGAGCACCCAGAAGCGACUGUAUAGCGUCGCCAACACCCUGGGCGUUAGUGGCGAUACUAUCCGCAUGGUGGAGCGAAGGGCAAAGGAGGACAAAUGGAUCUUCUUUGCUGGAGCUAUAGUAUUCUUCCUGUUUUGCUGGCUGGUGCUCCAUUUCUUGCGAUAG